GAUACCAGCGCUCAUAUUCCAUCAGGGCGUCUUUAUCGCGUUCUGCGAAGCCCGCAAAGACAGCGCCGCAGACGAUGGAAAUAUGGAUAUCCUUAUGAGAAGAGGAAGGCGAUCUUCCAUGAACAACGUAACGUGGGACGAACCUCGAACCCUUGUUAGCAUUGCCCGUAAAAGAGUAAUGAACCCUACUCCAAUCGUCGACCGCAAACGGGGAGCCCUGGUUUUAGUUUUCAUAUCGCUGGACCCGUGGAAGACAGAAGGUUUUUUGAAAAGACAGCAUAGAUAUGACGAAGCAGUCUAUAUUAUUAAGAGUAUGGACAACGGUUUGACAUGGAGUGAACCUGUGGAUAUAACUAGCAGCACACUGGGAGCUAUGACACCAAUACCGUCUAUGUUUGCAUCAGGGCCUGGUCAUGGUAUACAAUUGGAAUCAGGGAGAUUAAUUGUGCCUGGCAAUGUGUACAUAAAACAUAAGGACGCGCCCAAAAAUAGCCAGUCGUGCUUUGACUAUUCUAUGGUAUUGUAUAGUGACGAUGGAGGCGAUACUUGGACACCUGGGGGGAAGGUUCCGAUAAAAACAGACACUCAGGGCAUAAUGAUACAAACAAACGAAGCGCAGGCGGUUGAACUUGGGAGUAACCACGUGUGUCUGAAUUGCCGUACAUUAAGUGAGCUGCAGUCACGUGCAAUUUCGUGCAGCUGGGACGGUGGCAUCACAUUUGGUCUUCCCAAGUUGAACGCAAAGUUGGUAGAACCAGGAUUCUGGAUGAGGAAGGGGAGCAUAACUAUAUCAGGCGCCCCUGGAUGUCAGGGAAGUACGAUAGAAUUUCCAGCACCACCAGGAACGAAAAUCACCCACUUGGUUCGCAAAACGUGGGCGUUGUUCUCCAACCCUGCUUCCAUGGGUCUCAGACAGGGAGAGUCUAUUCGAAUCAGUAAAGACGGUAUGAACAGCUGGAGUGAGCCGUGGACAGUACAUAGAGGGAACAGCGGGUAUUCAGACUUGACAUACUUUGAGACGCUGGACAACUCGAACAUUGUACAGAACUUCGCCGUUCUCUACGAAAAAGGCGCCGAUACUGAUAGUGCGUAUCACGACGCAAUAGUAUUCAAGACGUUCACCCUGGACGACGUGUUGGAAAACACACAACUAUGAUGCAAUAUACUAUGCAAGACACAGCGCAACUUUUCGAAUUUAUUCAUGACUUAUUUACGCGAUAAAGGUCGUGCAUACAAGGCAGGAUUAAUCGACAACAAAAGUUGGGUCACUGAUUUUUUUCAUAAGGUGCUUCUUGGCAUACAUGUAUACUAAAGUAUUUUGUGAACAAACGUAUUGUGGCGAGCCGACAUAUAUUAUCGGGGGGGGGGGGGUAGUAUUGUUAGUAUUAGUACUAGUAUUGGCGUAGCUACACUGGAUAAUAUGUGUUGAACACUCUUUCGUCAUAUUGGCCGCGAACUCACGUGGAAAGUACGUAUACAAUUUAACCAGCUUUCACAUUAAACUGUACAGUCAUUGUCAACGACAAGACCAAUGAUAUAAACUUACGUUAUAUACGAUGCAAAAUAAUGCGAAGUCAUAUUGAUACUUCCUGUUAUAAUUAUACAAGCAAUGUGCUUCUAAAAUCACAUAAUGCGUCACAUUAUAUCAUGUUACAUCGCAUUGCAUCACAUCACAUCACAUAAUAUAACACCACAUAAAACAUCACAUAACGCGUCACAUUAUAUCAUGUUACAUCGCAUUGCAUCAAAUCACAUAAUAUAACACCACAUAAAACAUCACAUAAUGCAUCACAUUAUAUCAUGUUACAUCGCAUUGCAACACAUCACAUAAUAUCACACCACAUAAAACAUCGCAUAACGCGUCACAAUAUAUCAUGUUACAUCGCAUUGCAUCACAUCGCGUAAUAUCACACCAUAUAAAACAUCACACAACGCGUCACAUUAUACCGCACCACAUCACAUCGCAUUGCGCUACAUCACACUGUAUGACGUCACACCACAUCAAAUCACAUAAAACACAACAUAACACACCACGUUGCAUCAUCUCACAUCAUAUCCCGUCACAUAUAUAAACAUGAGUUGGCUCAAGUGUGUGCACGGCGCUGAAACAACAUAUGUAAUCAGAUUUGAAAUUCGCACCAUAGCACAUGUGUUUUUUGAUUCCCAUUAUAUUUGUGUCGAAUGACAGACAGACAACAUCGUAUAGCCAUUUUUUAUGUCAAACUGACUUUUGACUACACGCAGGUCGGUAAAGUUUAGUCGGGUUUCUAAUAAACGGAAACAAAUAUGUAUGAGCUUAUUUAAAACAAGUUAUUUUAGAAUGUAUUGAAGUAUUGUUGAGUAGAACUUUGAAUGUUGCUUCCAGGUUAUUUACACUUGUGCCUUGUAGUGUUUUAUAUCGCUAAGAAACGUCUCUUCGACAGGACAUCGAUUUCAAGUUUUCUGUUUAUAAUUCUUUGAUUUUUUUUAUAUUUGUGAUUCUAUAGCAUAUAUUAAAUGUGGUGACAAUGAAUGACCAACAGUUGUUUUUUCAAAAGUUUACAAAUGAAUCUCUUUCAAAAUUUCACAAAUAAGUACGUCUCUCUUUAAAUUUCACAAGUGACGUCUCUUUCGAAAUUUCACAAAUAAUUACAUCUCUUUCGAAAUUUCAUCAUUAAAAA